AUGAUUCAUGAUUGGAUAUGUUCAAACUUACAGGUUCAAGAACAUAAUCAUCCCCACAUUCUUCUUUUGCAAAUUGGAAAUACUUUCUGUAAACUCCCAGGUGGCAGAUUGAAGCCAGGAGAGAAUGAGAUUGAAGGCUUGAAAAGGAAACUCUCUAGCAAACUUGCUGCUAAUUCAUCUUCUCUGCAGCCAGAUUGGCAGUCCGUCUUCUUCCCUUCCAAACGGAGAUGCUGCAGUCCGUCAACAACUGAGAUUUCCACUGCAUCGCCACCAUGCCUACCAGAGGAGAAAUGCGUCGCCCGCCGGAGGAGCCACUGCGUCAAUAACUGGUUUUUUUUGGCAAUCAGACAUGGAUUUAGCCACAUAUCGCGUUGCCCACAGAAGUGCGUCGCCCGCCGGUGUGGUGUGGUGUAA